CUUGUGAUGACUGCGCUCAGAGCAUAAAGCUGGGCGUUCAGCGCUGCGCAGAUAAGGUUGCUUUCCAAUGGUCAUAUAACCGAGUUCCCACACCACGCUGCCACGUAUAUUUAUUUUGUAUAUUUCCAGACCACCAUUUUAAGUGCCCGUAUGAGUUUAGGCUGGAUAAAGCGGAGAAAUUUGAGUACACUAAUUGGACCUAUGUCAGAACCCUGUGUUCCAAAGUGCGCCGUUUUUAAAAACGGUACUCUCUCGUACCUGGCUUCGCUUCCAACAGGACAUGCUCCCCACAGGCGAGUGUUUUGCUGCACACUAUCAAAUGGCUUCUCGCUGUAACUGACAAGAGUUUUGCAUUUCGCCAGGUUUUCCCUGACCCAGGAGCCCCUCUGGCAGAACGAGUGCAGCUGGCCCUCUCUCCUCUCACAUUUGCAUUCUGUGGUUUGAAAACGGCCGUAGAAUUAACUAAAAGAUUAGACCAACGUAAUGGCCGCAUCACUCACAGGCUUGUUUUAUUUGCCAGGCUGCCAUUUAUGAGUUCAUGAGCUCAUCUUUGCUUUGUUGGACUGCACCAGAGGACAUCGUCCAGGUGCGUUUGUGCAGUAGACUAGUUGAAAUGCUAGUUUGAUUCUGCUCAUUAAUGAGUAAACGGUGUGGGGAUGACAGUGGUGUGCUAAACAGAAGUUGGGUAAUUACUGUCACGACGACAAUAUGGAGUUUAGUAUUGCAUUCCACUGCUUGGUCUGCACCAGCAUACGGUUUGGCUGUUCUGGUAACGAUGCAACUAAGCACAGUACAAAUACACUUUGCUGUGCCGUUUGUAGGGAUUGUGCCAACAGUAACACCCAAUUUUUUUCUCUGAGGGGUAUAAGGUGUAAAAGAGCGAUUAAAAAAUAGAUGAUAAAAAUACACUGGGUCAGUUAGAUAGCUUAGUUGUGCAACAUGCCAAAAAGAUAAGGAGCACUGCUAGUGUACUUGGGCAUCAGUAAACUGACCAUAUUUUAUGUACUCAAAUAGCUGUGUGUGCUUUGGAGCAUGGAUCCAACGGUCUAGUUCCUGGAAACAGCUGCGCUGGUGACGAGCAGGAUCCCAGACCCACUCACCUUCUCGGGGAGGACCGAGCCAGUCUACUGGCCUGCUCGGCCAUCAUCAGAGGGGACAUGGAAGGCGCCGAGGAGGCGGACCUUGUUAGGCUGCUGGCCUCUAGGAAGAAGAGCAGGCUUCUGUCCGAGGCUUUCUUCCUGAACGCUACGCGGGACUGCAAGGCUUACGUGAGGGAGAGGAAAUUCCUCACCUCGACUCCGAGCGCGGAGGAGAUGGAGUUCCCCAUCGCGUACUCCAUGGUGGUCCACGAGAAAAUCGAGAUGUUCGAGAGGCUCCUGCGGGCUAUAUACGUGCCCCACAACGUGUACUGCGUGCACGUGGACCGCAAGUCCCCAGAGGCCUUCAGGCUUGCCGUCCAGGGCAUCGUCUCCUGCCUGCCCAACGUGUUUGUGGCCAGCAGGCUGGAGAGCGUGAUAUACGCGUCCUGGUCCCGGGUGCAAGCGGACCUCAACUGCAUGGAGGACCUCAUGAAGUCGCCGGUCCGGUGGAGGUACCUGCUCAACACCUGCGGCACCGACUUCCCCAUCAAAACGAACGCGGAGAUCGUGCGAGCUCUCAAACAGCUCAACGGCAGGAACAGCAUGGAGUCCGAAGAGACGAACAACUACAAGAAAGGCCGCUGGAUGUACCGCCACAACGUGACGCACGCCGUGAUCAGGACAAACCUGAAGAAGGAUCCUCCCCCCAUCAGCACCCCUAUGUUCUCUGGGAACGCCUACUUCGUGGUCACCCGGGAGUUUGUGAGGCACCUGUCUGAAAGCCAGGAGGUGCGGUCCCUCAUCGAGUGGGAGAAGGAUACCUACAGCCCCGACGAACACCUGUGGGCCACCCUGCAGAGAAUGCCCUCCGUCCCCGGCUCCUAUCCCCCCAACAGCAAGUACCAGCAGUCGGACAUGGAGGCCAUCGCCCGCCUGGUGAAGUGGAGCUACCUGGAAGGGGACGUGAGGAAGGGUGCGCCCUACCCGCCCUGCACCGGGACUCACCGAAGAGCCGUGUGCGUCUACGGCACCGGGGACCUCCACUGGAUGCUCAGCCAGCAUCACCUUUUCGCCAACAAGUUUGACCCCGAAGUGGACGACCUUGCUAUCAGGUGCCUGGAAGCGCACCUCCGUUACAAAGUGGUUUAUGGGGAAUCAUUAACUGCAGUGGUGCACAGGGAUUUUCCAGAAAGAUAAGCAGGUAGAGGAAAUACACCGUGCAGACAUUCAGGUGUGAGUCCCAACAGACAUCCGCAAAGGGACAGGUGUGACUUUACACCAGCUCUACACAAAUGCAACACGAUCUGUGGGUCUGCUGACCUACAAAAUAAAUUCAAAUCACAACCAUAAAAAUAUAUUACUCUGACCUUUUAUCGCUUAUUUGAAUAUAUGUACACAUUUAAAUGUAAAGAGGAACAUGCAUCAACCAUUCGUAACAGAGUGCCUUAAAUAUCCGCAAGAUACAAUGUUAACUAUGACGAAACCUAAGUUUGGCUUGAUACAUAAAAAGGUUAUAAAAAUGUAACGGCGUGUUGUGAUAUAGACCACAGAUCAAGUGUUUUGCAGACUAACACAGCAGUGAUAGGAUUUCCGACGUAACAGAUGCCCAUGACUCGGACGUGAAAGGCACUUGAUUGUUCCAGUGCUGAAACAGUUACAAAGACCGGCAGGCUGAGGACACGAAGACCGUAAAACUACGGCCCGCUGUAGAUCGGCGUCCUUCCAUCUCGUCCUUCUCCCGAACGGCGCCCCCUGCUGGCGCCCGCGCCUCACUGCGGAGCGGCCGCGCUGGCGGUCUCCGCCUUCCCGUGCAUGUCCCGGUCGAUCCUGAGGGGAACAAACGCUCGUCAGCUCGUGGGUCCAGGCACGCUCAGACCCACCCUAGCGUCCUACUGUAACGCUUUACUGUGAGUGUGUGAUGCGUCGAUAGAACUGGGGGAUUAUGGGUGCAUUCAGCAGUGUAUCCCUGUCGCUCCUCUGGUUGACUGCAGUCGGCCUAUAUUUAGCUGCACGUGACAUUUACUUGUCCACAGCUGAAAGCCUGUGCAGCUGAGCUGAUGGACGGCACAGUAAAAUGAAGUGGAGACUGACAGCCUGUGCCUCAGGGCAGUGGAACCAGGCAUGGCACUUUCCCACUGCUUCAGCAUUGGGCCCGCUAACAAAAAUGAGCUUCUAUAAAAAAAUAAAAAAAAAGUUUUUCAUUUUGCAUUGGAACUGA